UGACAAUCGUUGACUUGAUUGACAAUGCCAAUUAAUUAUUCACCAAAAGUAAAGAUCUGUGAUGGGGUGGUAAAAUUAGGAAUUUAGUUUGUGUGUUUGCUUGUUUUCCUAAGUAAUAAGUGAUAAAUUUCCAUGCUUUUUAAAACGUACACUUCUUAGUUUUCCGCAUGGAAAUGGCGACACAGCCAAGCGACAGUACUGAAUUUCCACCAGAGAUAAUACUUAAGCCCUUAGCACUUAUUGGUCUUUCUGGGCUGGACACCAUAAAUAAUGCUGUGCAUAAAGCUAUAUGGGAUGCGUUUUCUAAUAACAGAAGAGCAGAUCGCGCAUCUGUACGGUUUAAAUUACUUAACAACACAUUUGAAUUUCCUGUUGUUAAGCCAAAAAGAAACUCCUACGAGUGGUAUAUACCCAAAGGAAUUUUAAAAAAGAAUUGGAUUCAUAAAAGGGUCAAUUUAAUUCCUGCUGUAGUAGUCAUAUUUUAUGACAUGGAGUGGAAUGAUCCUCAAUGGAAUGAAAAAAUAAUUGAGUGCGCAUCUAGAGUCCAGUCCAUCCGAGCCGCCGUCGAAGGGCACGCCACCCGGGUGGCAGUGGUUGUGGUGCAGAGUGGGCUGUCUCCGCCCCCAUCAGAGUACAUGUUGGGUGCAGAACGGGCCCAGGCGCUUUGUGCAGCUUGCGAAAUCCAAUCUAAGUCAUUAUUUGUUCUUCCCCAUAGUGACCACCUCAUGGGUUACAUAAUACGGCUAGAAAGUGCAUUUUAUGAUAUUGCUCAAAAUUACUACCACCAUGAGACUAAAAAUAUUAAGCAGCACAGAGAUCAUCUUAAUAAAACUACCCAUCAGUAUUUGUUUGUUCGUCAUCAAUUCAAGUUGGGAUAUUUGAAUGAACUAAAGCAAGACCUGAGCACAGCUCACAAACAUUACAUGCAUGCAUACAAUAACUUAUUGGAGACACGUACAGUUGACACCAACAUGCAUGAAGUCAGAACUGUAGCUGGGUACAUCAAUUACAAGCUGUGUAAACUGUUGUUUGCAUUAAAUCUACCCAGAGAUGCCAUUGCACAGUUGAAAUCUCAUAUUGAGCGGUACAAGAGUAGAGUUGGGCCAACAGAGCUUCUUUUUGAACAUUAUGCAUGGAUUGCUCGACAAUACAGCGCCUUUGGAGAGCUCUUUGAUGAGGCUAUUCGUGCUGGACUACCUGGUAUACAGUCACAACAUCCAGGCUUCUAUUACCAGCAGGCUGCUCAAUAUACUACCAUGAGAAGACAAGCAAUGCGGUCGGUUUGCUGUGACGCCGUGCAAUAUCCUCCACCUCCUGAUCCACUAGAAGGAACAGUGGAGUUCUAUGGUCAAAGACCUUGGAGGCCAGGUAGACUAAGUGCCGAUCCUCAUGAUCCACAGAAAGAACAGGCCGCCAUCUUAGCCUUACAGUACAACGAGCGUAUGUUUAAUCACUCAGGAAUGAUUGUGAGCUUCUUGGGUAGUGCUAUUACUCAAUUUAAAACAUUCCACUCUCCACGCAUGAGGAAACAAUUAGUGGUAGAAAUGGCUAAUGAAUACUAUUACUGUAAUGAUUUUGGCAAGGCUUUAACUUUAUUGAGCCAUAUGCUGUGGGACUACAGAAGAGAGAAGUGGUGGUUUUUGGCAUCUCAUGUUUUAAACCGUGCUUUGCAAUGUGCCUACCUUGCAGCUAAAAUACAGGAUUACAUCCAACUCUCUGUUGAAGCAUUAUCUAAACAUAUACAAGUGCCAAACAAUGACAAAGAAAGAAUAUUUAGGAAUAUCAUGUCGGUUCUAAAUCUCACUAUUCCUUCUCCCGAACCUGAAUUGCCUGCUUCAUCCCAAAGUAAGGCUUUAGAAUUAUGGCAGCUGGCAGUGGAAAAAGAACCUUUUGUUAUUGCUAUUGAUAUGGCUAAUAUUUCCAGUUUCUUAGAAGUGAAAAGCAAAUUCAAACAACAAAGAUACAAGAUGGAUGAAGUUGUGGAGGUAGAGGUGUAUGUGCGCUUAUCUUAUGUCACAUCACUUGAAGUUAAAAAAUUGUCUUUAACUAUAUCCAGUAAAACUGAGACAAUUGAAAUUCCUAUAUCUGACAACGGAAAUACACUCAUCUCUUUGGUUGGUGGAAAAGUUAGGAAAUUUAUUUGUCAUUUUAAAACAAACCCUAAUGAUAGCGGUACUGACCUAUACAUAAAAAAUGUUUCUUUUGUACUUGAUUCAGAUAGGAAAAGAAAAAUUGUGAUGAACUUUAAAGUUGAGGACACUAAGAUUGUAGAAACUGCUGUGCAUCCAGAGUUAUUGCAUUUCAUUUUGAGUCCAAAAGCUGACUAUGAAUUUGAUUGCAUUGUGCCCUGCACAACCGCUUCCAUCACGGCCAGGGAGUGCAGGCUUUCACUAGAUGUAACAAAUGCGUGUCCGGCUCUGCAGGGUGAAUGGUUUCCCACAGCCUUCACUGUGGUAAACAAUGAACAGUCUCAAGUUAAUGACAUGCAAAUUUCAGUAUCCCUUGUAAGCACUCCUGAUAACCAAAAUCCAGAUUCAGUGACAGACUUAAGUUGGAAAGCUGGACAGUCACAGGGGCAGCCUUUAAAAAUUUCAGCAGGUACUGUAAAUAAAAAUUCAGCUUAUUCAAACAAAUUUUAUUUAAAAUCUAACAGGACAACAAAUAUCACAGUCGAAAUAAAAGUAGUUUAUAUUAUAGAUCUACCUGAAAUGCCAAAGCUGGAAUGUGUUAAAGAGUUUACAACAAAAGUGACAGUGAUAAAACCUUUUGAGGUGACAACUCAAUUUGUUGGUAUGAAUUUCAAACCAAUAAGCAAAUGUUUUGUAAAUGAUGCAUUUGUUGUGAUGCCACAAAUCAAAAUACUAAGUCCAUGGGACUUGCUCAUUGUUGACACAGAGUUGGAAGUAUCUGCUUGUUUUGACUAUGGAGAUGACAGUAAGCCUUCAUCUUGUGUAAGUAAUUUGGAGGUUGCAGAAAAAAAUGUAGCAUCAGAUGCUAUUUGUGUGCGAGCAAAGUACAAACCUAAAGACCCACCAAGUCGAGUAGGCCUCUACAAUAUAACCUGGAGGAGAAGUGACAACCAGAGUCAUUGUGUGAGAAGUACUACUGCUCUAUCAGGCAUCCCAGUUGAUGAAUGUCCUAUAUCAUUACAAGUUAAUUAUCCAGAAAUUGUUGAGUUACAAACUUCUAUUCCACUAAAAUGUACUUUAUUUGGUAACACAAAUACACCAAUAAGGCUCUGUCUAACUGUAGAGGGAACAGAUGCCUAUAUGUUCUCAGGAUACAAACGGCUGAUGGUGACAGUGCCUCCCCGAGAUAAAGUUGAACUUUGUUACAACAUACAACCUCUUGUCACUGGCAAUACCACUCCGCCCAGAUUAAAAGCCACCAUUGUGGGUGAAGCGGGUAAUCAGGAAGUUGUCAAAGAGAUGUUUGAAAAGAAAUUUCCACAGAAUAUAUUUGUUAUGCCUAAGUACAAUAAAUAAAUUGUAUUUAACUGUUGAUCCUUCAAUUUUAAUAGAAUU